AUGAUACCAGGAGCACUAUGGAUUAUUACCUUAUCUGGGAUAUGCUUAUGCAUUCAGAGCAAGGGAGAGCCGUCUUUAGCCACCGAUGCUGUGGUCCAUGGCGGAAUGGAUGGCGCUAUAAUUGGGAGACACUUUUCUGUUGUUAAUGAUUCAGAAGUCAAAUUAAGUGAAGUGCUUAGCAGCUACUACUCGGACGGCAUGGAGUUAGAACACAGUCACCCGAGGGGGCGCUAUCGCAGACGAAACUUUCAAAACAUCACAAAUGCAUCAUUGCUUCAGAAAAAGGUAGCAGAUGCAUUGAAAAGUCAUCGACAGCGAGAAAACGCUGCAGAGGAGAGUCUUAUAGAAGAAGGAAUGAGAGAAUUCGCCCUGCGAUACAUGGACUGUCCUACCAUCAUUCCAAGAUGUGUAUGGGGAGCUGCGCCGCCUCGUGUUCCUCUUCAUUCCCUGUCUCCACCCCUGCAGUUCCUGUAUAUUCACCACACAUCCACUCCCAGCAAACCCUGCCUCAACCAUCAGAUGUGUUCCCAAAAUAUGAGGGAAAUGCAACAGUUCCAUCAGAAAGAUCGAGGUUGGCAUGACAUCGGUUACAGUUUUGUGAUUGGCUCCGAUGGCUACGUCUACGAAGGUCGAGGUUGGAUGUCACAAGGAGCUCAUACCAGAGGACGUAAUCUUGUUGGGUACGGCAUUGCUUUCAUCGGCGACUACACCAGCCAGUUGCCCUCCCGCUACACCAUGGAGCUGGUGCGCCAUCAUCUGGUCAAAUGUGGAGUGAGCAAGGGAUUUCUACAGAAGAAUUUUACCAUGCUAGGACACAGACAAGUUGUAAAUACAAGUUGCCCUGGAGACUCCCUGUACUCUGAGAUUAAGACCUGGAAACACUUCAAAGAUACGGAUCCUUUAAAGUUCCAAUGAGGACAUUUUACCUUGCACCGGUG